AUGGCCACAGGACAAACAACACCCUUCACAGUCGCGCUCAUUACCGGAGCUGCGCAGGGAAUAGGUCGGGAGAUUUCCCUCAGGCUCGCGGACGACGGCUUUCAUACAGCCAUCAAUGAUAUCCUAAGCAAUGCAGAUGCUUUGCACUCCGUGGCGAAGGAGGUUGAAGCCAAGGGACGCAAGGCCCUUGCCGUUUUCGGCGAUGUCUCCGAAGAGGCAGCUGUCCAAAGCAUGAUCGAGAAGACGGUAGAGGUUCUCGGCCGACUAGACGUCAUGAUUGCCAAUGCUGGCGUAGCGUACAUCAGCGCGAUUGUUGACAUGGAUGUAGAGAGGUUCGACCGCGCACUGGCCGUGAACGUCAGAGGGGUCAUGCUUUGCUACAAGUAUGCGGCAAGGCAGAUGAUCAAACAAGGCAACGGUGGACGAAUUCUUGGAGCGGGGUCGAUCCUCGGGAAGCGCGGUGGAAAUGCAGCUGCCGCAUACUCCGCACCGAAGUUCGCAAUCAGAGGUCUUACGCAGUCUCUCGCGACCGAACUCAAGUCUCACCACAUCACGGUCAACACGUACGCUCCCGGCGUAAUCCUUACCCCCAUGACUGGUAUGGGCGCUCUGGACGAAGCUAAGGGUGGCGGUCACGGUGCUGCCACGAAGUGGGUGUGUGGGCUCCCGCCGGAUGGCCCAGAUGCUCCCCCGGAGGUCGUGGCUAGCCUCGUGUCGUAUCUGGUUAAGUCAGAGGCGUACUUCAUCACGGGUCAAUCCUACAAUGUUGAUGGCGGUGUCGAGUUCAGCUAA